UGCUCUUACAGCGCAGAUUUCGACAGUUUGAAAUUCAUUAUUUUCGUAUUCCUGGAUUGAUGGAUACUUCUGGAGAGAUUGAAGAGGAAUACCGAUGUGUAGAGGAAGAUACGAUAUUUGUGGCACUUGGGAAAGAGUUGAAGGAGAGUAAGUGGACUUUGUCAUGGGCAUUGAAGAAUUCAGGAGGGAGGAAGAUCUGCAUCCUCCAUGUUCAUAAGCCAGCUCAGAUGAUUCCAUUGAUAGGUGGGAAAUUGCCGGCGAACACACUGAAAGCACAAGAAAUCGCAGCAUACCGAGAACUUGAAAAGGAAAAAAUGCAUGUUGCUCUAAAUGAGUACCUUUACAUUUGUUUCCAAGCAGGGGUAAGGGCGGAAAAAAUAGACAUUGAAAUGGACAACAUUGAGAAAGGGAUUGUGGAGCUCAUCAGUCAGCACAGGAUCAAAAAACUUGUAAUGGGUGCAGCAGCAGACAAGCACUAUUCAAAGAGAAUGACAGAGCUCAAGUCCAAGAAAGCAAUCUUUGUGUGGGAAAAAGCACAUGUUUCCUGUCAUAUAUGGUUUGUCUGCAAGGACUGCCUCAUCUACACAAGGGAAGGUAACUUAGAGGGAAGUGAAGAGCAGGCCACCAUUCCACCACUGGCCAGUCCAACCAUGGUAACUAGCGAGGCAGAGCAUUUGAGAUCUAGAUUCCCUCCUAGGGAACAAAAGCAUCUAUUAAGGCUCCAGGACUUGUUUCGAAGAGCUAGAACUGCCAAGAGUGGCAUCUCUAGAAGAAAAAUCAAGUCAUUUUCUUUCCCUGGAGCGACUACAGUAAUGGCAACAGCACCACAGAGCCAGUUAGGUGCAGAGGGGAUUGCGAGUGAAUGUGAGGGCAUCGGGAUAUUAAACGGGAGCACAUCUCAGGUUUCAGAGGUUUCAUCAUGGUCUGCAAGUGAUGUGAUUGGCACUGUAGAAUUUAACUCAACUGUGAGGGAUGAUGAGAGUGAAGAAGGGACGGAAUUUUUCUCACUUUGUAAAUAUGAAGAAAAUCUUUCUGAUUCUUCUACUCCAAAUGAGCUCUUACUGGAAGAACAAAUGAAAGCUGACAUAUGUUAUCAACUGGAAGAACCCUUGGUGGAGGCUGAGAACUCUAGAUGUGAAGCAUUUGAAGAAUCUCUUAGGUAUAGGAGAGUUAAGAAGAAUGCUCUCGAGGCUAUAUGCAAGGCCAAAGCAUCAGAAAGUUUGUUUGAGAAGGAUAAGAAACAAAGGGAAGAACUGAAAGUAUUACUUUGGAAAGAAAAGCAAGAACUGGAAAAGUUGAAGAUACAACUAGACCAGGUCAUGGAAGAACUUUGGAUUGCCCAGGAACAUAGGUCAAAACUGGAGAGUCAAAUUGCUGAUUCUGAUCAGAUGGUAGAAGAGUUGGAAGAUAAGAUUUGCUCUGCCGUGCAACUCUUGGUGACUAUCAGGAAUGAACGAGAUGAGCUACUCAGAGAGCGAGAUGAUGCAGUUAGAGAAGCCGAGGAGUUGAGGAAAACUAGGGAAGAAGAGGCUGCCACCUCACAGAGGCCACACUUUUUUUCUGAGUUCUCCUUCCUAGAGAUUGAGAGAGCCACUUGCAGCUUUGAUCCAUCCAUGAAGAUUGGAGAAGGGGGAUAUGGGACUGUUUAUAGAGGAACACUUCGUCAAACACCUGUAGCUAUUAAGAUGUUGCACUCUGAUAACUUGGGAGGUUGCUCAGAGUUUCAACAAGAGGUGGAUGUAUUGAGUAGAGUGAGGCAUCCAAACCUCAUCACUCUUAUAGGAGCUUGCCCAGAUGCUUGGGCACUUAUCUAUGAGUACCUUCCUAAUGGUAGCCUCGAAGAUCGGCUUGCUCUUAAGGAUGACACUCCCCCUCUUUCAUGGCAAACUCGAAUACGCAUCGCCAUUGAGGUCUGCUCGACUCUCAUCUUCCUCAACUCCAACAAGCCUCACAACAUUGUCCAUGGGGAUCUCAAGCCUUCCAACAUCCUCCUCGAUGCCAAUUUUGUCAGCAAACUAGGUGACUUUGGGAUCUCCCGCUUGAUCCGCCGUCCUGAGAACUCAAAUCCCUCCACGUUAAGCUGUAUAACAAGCCCAAAGGGCACCUUUUCAUACAUGGACCCGGACUUUCUGGCAACUGGAGGACUAACAUCAAAGUCGGAUGUGUAUGCAUUUGGGAUCAUAGUGCUGAGGCUGUUAACAGGCAGACCGGCCAGGGGAAUAGUGAAGGAAGUUGAAUAUGCCCUUGAGAAGGGCAAUUUAAAUGCAGUGCUGGAUGCAUCGGCAGGCAACUGGCCGUAUGUGCAGGCCAGACAGCUGGCUCACUUGGCAUUACGGUGUUGUGAGAUGAGCCAAAAGAACAGACCAACCCUUGAAGCAGAGGUGUGGAGGCUGCUUGAGCCAAUGGGGGCUUGUUGCGGAGCCUUGUCAUUUUCUAGGUUGGCAUCAGGGGAGCAUUGCCGCAUUCCGUCCUAUUUCAUUUGCCCCAUUCUCCAGGAAAUUAUGCGAGACCCACAAGUGGCAGCAGAUGGCUUCACAUACGAAGCAGAGGCUCUGAAAGCAUGGUUUGGUAGUGGUCAUGACACUUCACCCAUGACAAACCUUAAGCUUGAUCAUUUGAAUCUCAUCCCCAAUCACGUUUUUCGUUCUGCUAUACAAGAUUGGCUACGACAACCUUGAUAUUUUCAGUUUGUUUGUUUGUGUCAUGUCUUGUGCUGUUUUUGCCUCUCUCUUUCUUUGUAGAGUACAGGCAUAAACCCAAAGAUCCUGUAAAUAUAGAUCUAAUUGGUAUGUUACAGAUAAAAACCCAAAUACCCUGUAAAUUUAGAUCUAAAUGGUAUGUUACUGCUUAACUCAUACUCUGUAAAUGCUCUUCCCUUGAGCAAGGAUGAGAGCGGCAAGGUAAAAACGAUGGCAGAGAAUCUCCUCUUGCUGAUGAAAUUGAAUUUUUGUUCU